AUGCAACAAGACGAGCUUGCCAGGCUGUUCUCAGCCAACAUGAACCUGUCGCACGUCACUGUACAGCCAAUCCAGGCACAGGCGCCUCAGGAACAAGAGCAGGCACCCAAGCAAAUCGUGUAUGCUUCCCAGCACUACACUCACUCGCACCAUGUCCCUCUUCGCAGUACUUCUGAGCCUGCCAUGAAGACGCAAAUCACAUCCUCAGACCUAGCAGCUGUGCUCUUGAGGAACAGCAUCGACCCUACCCUCUUGUUCCCGUCCCAGAUGGAUCUCUUCCAAAACGCAGACGACGACCAGCGUCUACGUCUCCUCGAGCUGUGGCGUAUAUCCCCCCCGACAGGCCGUCAAGGCCACCCAGCAGGUACCGACUACAACAUGUCGAGACAGCUCUAUGACUGGCCUCCCACUAGUCUGGCCCAAGAAGAAGCAAUGGCGAAGCUUAGGUACGAGAAGCAGCAAACCGAGUUGGCGCAGCAAGAGGCUAUUCAGCAGCAUCAGCAACAGCUAGAGCAGAGUAUGGGCACUGCAAACGUGGAGCCGUACAUGUCGUCUGGAUAUGAGAUGAUGGCUAGGCGUGAGUACGAAGAGUCGAUGCGGGCGGAUACUCCGGUCGAGGAGAUGAAGUACAACCAGGCCACCGAUCCCGUGUACAACAACACUGGCAACAACGGUCUUUGGCAAAAGCAAGUCGGUAGCGUUUCAGACAUGGAAAACAACUACGGGGCAUAUGCUUAUAGGCGGGAAUAUGGACUAGACGUGAGCUACGGCGAUGAGGAGAUGGUCAUGUGAAGGCCAGUGUCGAGAGAUAUGGCCAAGAGGAACAGGGGCGAGUUGAUGCACAUGGGAGGCAUGCGUGGUCAGAUAGAUUUCCUACAUUAUACCCAGACGCAUUUGAAUUCCAAACAGCAUGGACAUUAUUG